AUGGCUGAGCCAUCAAAGAUUUUUAAAGGCAUCAUGGUGACCACCACAACAUGUUGUUCCUGCAACAAAGAAAAUGAAGCAGAAACAGAGUUUCUGUCAGUACCCCUGUCUAUUGAUGUCAAAGGAAAAUGUGACGUGAUAAAUGACGUCAAAGAGUGGCCAAACAUUUUGACUCUGCAGCUGAAGAGAUUUGAGAUGAUGUACUCAAAAACUGUAUUUUAUUACUGGAAAAAUGAAUGCAAAGUUCAGAUUUCUUCAACUAUUCAGCUAGAUUCUGUAAAGUAUGGAACUUCUCCAAAGUAUGAGCUGUAUGUCAUAAUUAACCACCAUGGUUCAUAUGCUAGCGGCCAUUAUGAUGCUCUCAUCAAGGAUGACAGUGAAAACUGGUAUCAUUUUAAUGAUAGCAGUGUUCAAAAGAUGCAUCGAAUAGACAUCCGUGACAGAUCUCAGUCAGCAUACUUGCUGAUGUACAGAACAGUCGAAGACAUGAAUGACGAUCUGAAAGCAAAAGAGUCUGCUACAGCAGACUACGGACUACUGACAAAUACCAAUGAAGGCAAAAGGAUUUUCAGCAUGUUAGACAAAACAAAAAAGAAGGAUCAUGAAAGAAAGAACAAUCCUGGGCAAGCACAAGGGGAUAAGUCGAAAGAGUCUGGACAAGCACGGAAUGAAGCAACCCAAACCACAAGUCCCUUGUCCAACCACCAGUGUUCAAACAGUGGUAUGCAGAAUAACACUCCAGUAUCAGUGACCUUUUCUAAGACAUUGAAACAGAAAUUGAAGGAGGAGUUUCAGUAUCUGAAUGAAGGAAUAAUACCUGGAAGAAGACAACUGAAGGAUAUUUUCAUAGAGCCCUACAUCACAAAGUGUGAACAAGAGAUCAAUGUAUGUGCAGAAGUUCAUACUGGACUGGGCUGA